UUUAAAGAAUUAAUUGUAAGAUUAAAACGGGGAAUUGUGAAAGAUCUCUCUUCUUUAAAUCUUCCGCUCUCUGUCUUUUUUCACUCCCCAAUUUCUUCUCUCCGCUUUUACCAGGAAACCAUUUCACUCGCAAGUAGCUCCAACUUACUACUCUAACAAGGUUAAGGGUUAUUUUACUCGUUAUAUGGCUUCCUCAACGGUUGGCGCACAACCAUCAUUCUCAACACUAGCAAUAUCAACCAACGAACCUGUUGUUUCAGUUGACUGGCUCCAUGCAAACAUCAGAGACCCCGACUUAAAGGUGUUAGAUGCAUCUUGGUACAUGCCAGAUGAGCAGAGAAAUCCACUCCAGGAGUAUCAGGUCUCUUGCAUUCCUGGAGCACUAUUCUUUGAUAUAGACGGAAUAACGGAUCGAACUACAAAUUUGCCACAUAUGUUGCCGUCCGAAGAAGCAUUUGCAGCUGCUGUAUCUGCUCUUGGUAUCGAGAACAAAGAUGGGGUUGUUGUAUACGAUGGCAAGGGCAUUUUCAGUGCUGCCCGUGUUUGGUGGAUGUUUCGAGCUUUUGGACAUGACAAAGUUUGGGUUUUAGAUGGUGGCUUGCCAAGAUGGCGUGCUUCAGGUUAUGAUGUCGAGUCACCCGGUGAUGCCAUUCUGAAAGCUAGUGCUGCCACUGAGGCAAUUGAGAAAGUAUACCAAGAACAGAUGGUUGGCCCUACUACCUUCCAGACCAAGUUUCAGCCUCAUCUUGUCUGGACUCUUGAUCAGGUUAAAAGGAACAUUCAAGUAAAGACAUAUCAGCUUAUAGAUGCUCGAUCCAAAGCUAGGUUUGAUGGUGUUGCACCAGAGCCUCGAAAAGGAAUUAAUAGUGGACAUGUACCCGAGAGCAAGUGUAUUCCUUUUCCACAGAUGUUGGAUGGCUCACAUACACUCUUAUCCCGUGAAGAGCUCGAGAAAAAAUUUGGUCAAGAAGGUAUCUCUUUGGACAAGCCUAUAGUUGCCUCUUGUGGCACAGGUGUAACUGCUUGCAUACUUGUCUUGGGCCUCCAUCGACUGGGGAAGACUGACAUUCCAGUCUAUGAUGGUUCAUGGACAGAAUGGGCAACACAGCCAGAUACACCUCUCUCCACAUCUGAAAGAUGAAGACGUUUGUAUGGUCUGCUUGUUUUUAUGGGUGAACAAUGAUGAUGGUGAAUCUAGAUCUGGUUCCUUUUAUUAAUGGUUAGUGUAACAACUUCAAUUGUAUUGUUGAAUGAUAAAAAGUUGUACAAAUUGUCUUAAUUUUACCUUCCAUUAUAUUUUGGAGCCAUUGAUACCCU